AUGGCCUCAGGACAGCCUACACCUGCGCCUCCUCAAUUUUUUGUUGAUUCCAAGAAAGGUGAAGUCAAUGAGUUAAAAACUCUCAUCAAAGGUAUCAUGACUGAAAGAGACGUAAAAAAGAGACGUGAAGCAAUUAAAAAGGUUAUUGCCUAUAUGACAUUGGGUGUAGAUGUAUCCAAACUUUUUACUGAUAUGGUUCUUAUCUCUUCCACAAACGACAUUGUGCAGAAAAAGAUGAUUUAUCUUUAUCUUGUAACCUAUGUAGAAGCUAACCAAGAACAAGCACUGAUGGCUAUCAACACAUUUUUUAAAGACUGCAAAAGCACAAAUCCAGACCCAAAAAUCAGAGGACUAGCUCUGAGGAACUUGUGCUCACUAAGAUUUCCAGGGGCUAUUGAAUAUAUUCAAAGUGCAGUACAAGAAGGGCUUAUGGACCCUGAUCCUUAUGUAAAACGAACAGCGAUAAUGGGCCUAGUCAAGCUUUUCCGCUACGCAAAGGACUUGGAAAUUGAUCCUUCAUUCAUAAACACUGUUUAUGAGCUUAUAAGAGAUCCAGACCCUACUGUGUCUGCUAAUGCUAUUAUAGCGCUAAAUGAAGUCCUUGAAAAUGAAGGAGGAAUUGCUAUUAACAGAAGAAUGGUGAUUUAUUUGCUGAAUAGGAUCCACCAAUAUACAGAGUUUGGCCAGAGCAUUAUUUUUGAUGUGGUGUCAAAAUACCAGCCGAUAGAUGAUAAUGAAAAGAUUGAUAUUCUGAAUAUUUUAGAAGAAAGGCUCAAGCAUGCAUCCAGUAGUGUUGUCCUUGGAUGUAUUAAGGUGUUUUUGAAUUUAACUAAAGAUAGUCCGGUUUUGCUUAACCAAGUUUUUGGAAGAGUUCAAGCUCCUUUAGUCACUCUGUUUAUAGGUGCAGAAGUAGCUGGGGCUUAUGAGCUAUCUUAUUGUGUGCUUUCUCAUAUCCAUUUACUGAUAGCAAGAGGCGCUGCUGACGUGUUUGAAAGAGAUUAUAAAAACUUUUUCUGUAAAUAUGACGAGCCAACCUAUAUAAAAUUCAUAAAAAUAGAAAUAUUGACAAUGAUUGCAACUGAAAAUAAUUUAAGUGAUAUUGUUAACGAGCUAUGUGCAUAUGUUACAGACGUAAAUAUCGAAAUGAGCAAGCAGUCAAUUAAAUCAAUAGCUUUAAUAGCUAUGAAAGUUGAGGCAGCAAGCAUAGCCAUUAUAAGACAGCUUAUAAGUUUCUUAGGCUGUGGCAUUGAUUAUGUGGUUACUGGAACUCUUGUAGCUAUGAAAGAUUUAUUAAGAAAAUAUAGAGAUUUGAGUGACGAAAUUAUUUCACAGGUAGCAAGCUCAUUAGAAGUAGUAAGUAAUGAUGAAGGAAAAGCUGCGAUUAUUUGGAUGAUUGGAGAGUUUGGGUAUGAAAUUGAAGACGCUCCUUAUAUUUUAGAAGGAAUCAUCAAUAGCUUUAACCCAAAUGAUAAUCUGCAAGUUGCCCAUGCUUUAUUGACUUCUAGCGUUAAACUUUUCUUGAAGAGGCCUCCUGAAAUGCAUGCUGCUUUGGGUAUUCUUAUGAGGCAGAUUUAUAAUGAAUGCGAUAACCCAGAUUUGCACGAUAGGGCAGGGUUUUACUAUAAACUGUUAGAAAGUAAUCCAGAAAUGGCUUAUGAAGUUGUAAACUGCGAAAAAUACCCAAUCAGCGUAUUUUACGAAGAUGAAAAAUCGCAGACUAUAGAUAAAUUGACUCCAUGUCAAAAAGCCGUGCAUUUUUGAAAGUGCAGCAUUUCCUAGGGGAAAAUUUUUCUAACUCCUCCCCUCCGUGAGUGAACACAAAAAUUUUGUUCGUAAUGGAGGGGAUUAAUUUUAUUUUAAUAUUUAUAUAGAUUUUAUAAUAAUUUUUUUUUCCAAAAUUAAAAAAGAAUCACAAUACGAAAUAAUUUUUAAAAGAAAAUAUUAAUUUAAUUUAUACUUUAAAAUGCAAGCUGUUUAAAAUUAAGCAGAAUUAGCUAGAGUUUUCGUUAUAAUUAUCACUUAUAUAUCAAAUUUUUUUCACAUACAAAAUUUUUGUUCGCUCACGGAGGGGUGGUUUUUACCCAAAAAUAAAAAAUUUUUCCAAUGGUUUUGUUCACUUACGGAGUGGGAGGGAGUAAUCAUUUUUGAUAAUGAGACACUUAACCAAAAAAACCUCAAAAUUUUGACAAAUGUACACUAUUUUAAAAAUUUUCGACUAAAUUUUCUUCGAUAAGAUGCACACAAUUUAAAAGUGCCGAUCAUGAUCUGCACCCAGAUAAAAUUAUGCCAAGAAUUCAACAGCUUAAGCGUAAUAUAUCAAAAACCUACCAAAAAAGUAAAAAAACCUAUGCCUGAGACCAACGAAAAUGUAGAUGAGCGUCAGAUUGUCCCUUAUACAAAUAAUCAAGAAGACCAAGAAUCUGAUUUAUUAAAUCUUCAUGAAGAAAUCGAAUCAGGCGGCUUUGAUAUUCAAGGAAAAGAUGAGUAUUUCUCACUACAAGUGUCACCAUCUAUGAGUAGUGAAGAGUACCAGAAUUUAUGGAUGAAUAUUACAGAAGAAUUUAAAGAGGAAAAACAAUUAUUAAGAAUGGCCACAGUAGAACAGGUUGAAGAAUUAUUUGCAGAAAAUUCUGUGAACUGUGUAGCAUCAGGAAACCAAGAUGGGGUUAUGAAGUUUUAUUUCUACGCAAAAGAAGCUAAAGGAGGAAACCCAUUUUUAAUUGAAUUGGUUAUGAUAAUUAGUAAUGCAGAAUUGUCUUUUACGUUGAAAUCUCAAGAUAGUUCACAAAUACAAGACUUUUUAGAGAUAUUUUAUCAGAUAUUGGCUCCAUUAAUAAGUUAG